AUGGCCAACCGCCAAAGAACCCUCGACCAGCAGGUCUACUGCAUCAAAGACUUGGAACGCCUCGGCUCCGAGAAAUUGGAAAAGGCCUAUCGCGAGUAUUAUAAUGAGGGCGCCAUGGAUCUCAUCACAUUGCGGUUGAAUGAAUCGGCAUACGACCGCUACAUGAUCCGCCCCCGAGUGCUGCGAAACCUCUCAGGCCUGGAUGCCAGCACUCACAUCUUCGACACAAAGGUUAAAUUUCCCUUCGGAUUUUCGCCAACGGCCAUGCAGACGCUGGCGCAUCCCGACGGCGAGAUCGGCACGUCCAAAGCUUGUGCUGCUAACAAUACAUUGAUGGGAUUAUCAAAUUACUCCUGUAUCGAGCUGGAAAAGGUAAUUGCACAAGGCACUGGUAAUCCCUAUGUUAUUCAGAUGAGUCUUCUCAAGAAUAAGGCCGCGAUGAUCCAGAUGAUCAAGCGAGCGGAGGCUGCGGGCUUCAAGGCACUCUUUGUCACUCUCGACGUUCCCUAUCUUGGUCGCAGACUGAAUGAAUUCCGUAACAAGUUUGCGGUGCCCAAGGGCAUGGAAUACCCUAAUCUGUUCCCUGGUGUCGAUGUCACCAACCUCGAGGAUGGCGAUGAAGUGAUGGCUUAUGAUGACACUCUUGAAUGGCCUGACAUGAUACCCUUCUUCCGCAAGCACACCAACAUGCAGAUCUGGGGCAAGGGAAUUUAUACCGCAGCUGAUGCUGAGCUCGCGAUUAAGCACGGUUUUGAUGGAAUCAUCAUCUCAAACCACGGUGGACGCCAGCUUGAUAGUGUUCCUUCUUCUCUUGACGUCCUCCGUGAAGUUGUUCCCGUCGCAAAGGGCAAAAUACCUAUUGCCGUCGACGGCGGUAUCCGUCGUGGUACUGAUAUUUUCAAGGCAUUGGCUCUUGGAGCCGACUUCUGUCUUGCCGGACGACCGGCAAUAUGGGGCUUGGCUUAUGAUGGCCAAAAGGGUGUUGAACUGGCUCUCAACUUGCUUUACGAUGAAUUCAGAACUUGCAUGGCGUUGGCUGGUUGCCGAAACGUCUCUGAGAUUAAGAGAGUCUCCAUUUCGCUUUUGCAGUCUGAUGGUCGCCUGCUGAAGUUGUAA